AUGGCACUUUCCCUAAUAUAUUUCUAUACGAUCCACAUCGAUAUUGCCCUCGGUUCUCUGUGUAAGUAAGAUAUUGUUUCAAAAUGGCAAUUCGACCAUUGGUAAAACACAGAAUUGUUAAAAAAAGGCUUAAAAAAUUCACUCGUCACCAGUCUGACAGAUACGUCAAGAUAAAGCCAAGCUGGAGAAAACCAAAGGGUAUAGACAACAGAGUUAGAAGACGUUUCAAGGGCCAGUAUCUGAUGCCAAAUAUUGGUUAUGGAACUGCAAAAAAGAUCAAGCAUAUUCUACCCAAUGGAUUCAAGAAAGUACUUGUUCACAAUUCCAGGGAUCUUGAAAUGUUGAUGAUGCAGAACAGGCGUUACUGUGCUGAAAUUGCCCACGGAGUUUCUUCCAGAAAGAGGAAAGAAAUCAUCGAGAGAGCUCAACAGUUAGCCAUCAGAGUGACGAACGCUAAUGCUCGGAUCCGGUCGGAAGAAAAUGAGUAGCCUAUUAUGUAUGCUGAUACUGAAACAAUAAAAGUUUUUAAGUAAUGGCCAA